AUGGCAUCGAGUAGUUUCUUCAACUGGACCGUUAGAGUGAAAGAAGAAUCUUGUGACGAGUUGCUUGAUGAAAAUUAUUAUGAAUUAAUUAACAAGACGCCCGAUGUUAAGAGUAUUCGAAUCUCCAGAGAAUAUUCCGCGCAUCGAAACUGUGAUAAAAAUGACGCAAAUAAAGUUGAGGAACUGCAAAUCGAAAUGGAAUGUACAGACAUGAAGCCCAAUUUAUUGGCGGUUGCGAAAAUUGAAGAUUAUUCUCCAAAUCAAUGGCCGAAUAGUGAUGAGUAUGAAACUGGAAGCAAAAUUAAAUUAGAAACUGUCGGGACAGUGAAGAAAGAGAUGUUGAACGAAGAAGUAUUUGUUACUGCGCAUUAG